AUGAAAGAAUUAAUAGGGAGAUCAAGAAAUGAAAGAAAACUUGAUGGUAUUUAUAAUAAGCAAAGAGAUAUUUUAGUAAAUAGAAUUAAAAAUAAAAAGAAUAAUGAUAUAUAUUUAAAUUUGAGUAAAAGAAAAACAAAUGAACCAUUACCAUUUCCUGAAAUAUAUGAAAAAAAAAGAAAAGUUAAUAAACAAAAUGAAAAUGAAGAAAAAAAUGUUUCUCAAUUAAAUAAUAAAGUUAGUGAAAACAACACUACUGUAUAUAAAGGAAUAUAUAUGAUAUUAAGUAAACAUAUAUAUUCAAAAAACAAAUUUUUUAAAAGUGUUAGUAUUUUUACAAAUUUAUGCAUAAAUUACAUGAAUAAUGAUAAUAAAACUAUUUUUUUCUAUGCUUUUGAUCAUAUUUUGAAUGUUUUCCUUGAAAAAUAUUUAUAUGAUGACAUAAAAAAAAAUAAUAUAUAUACUUUUUAUAAUUAUGACGAAUUACAUAUAAAAUGUGUGAUUUCUUUUUUUGAUAAAGUUAUAAAUAAAAUAAUUGAUAACAGAUUUAUAAUAAAUAAUAAAAAUCAAGAAAAUGCCUCUUCAAAAGAAGAAGGAGAAAGUAUAACCGUUAAUGAAAAAUCUGAUCAAAAAGAUUUACAGGAAAAUCAAGUAUCAUCCAAUACUAAUAACAAUGAUAAUAUUUUAAAUGAAAAUUUAAAAAAUAAUAAUUUACCUAAUUUAAGCGAGCCAAAAAAUAAUUUAACAAAAAUUAAUGAGUUGUCAUACAAAUUAAAAGAUAAAGUAGAACAAAAAGUAGAUAUAAUAAAAAUAACAAAAGAGGAGAAAAAAUUUUUAAAACUUCUUAAAAUAAAGAUUUAUUAUUUAAUCAUAUUAUUUAAACUAAAUGACAAUUUUGUUUUUAAUAAAUUAAUUAACAUAUAUAGACAGAUAUUUGAAGAAAUUCAAAAUGAGUUCUAUAUAUAUGAGGAAAAGAUAAAUGAAGAAAAGUCUAAAAAGGUAUCAGAUGAUACUCAAUUGAUAAAUGAAAAUAAUGUAAAAGAUGAAGAAAAUAAUAAUAAGUUAACUCAAGAAAAAAAUGUAGAAUGUAAUAACGAUAAAUUAAAUGAUGAAGAAAUUAUAAAUGACUAUUUAAGUUAUUUUAAAGGAAAAUGGAAAUUACCGAGUGAUUAUGAAAUUUUUAAAAUAAAGAGAAAUGCAUUUGUUAAAUGUCUAUCAAAUUUAUUUCACUUUAUUAAUAUAGCUUGGGCUAAAACAUCCGUUGAAAGUUUAUUUCAAGAUGUGUAUUUAAAAAAAAAAUGUUUUGAUAUAUGUGAUGAAAUAAUUAUAGAAAAUUUACAGUCAUCAAUAAAAGCAAAUAUAAAUAAAAGAAAAAGUAAAUAUGAUUCUCCACACUUGUUAUCAAUAGGUGAAUCAUUAAAUCCAGUUAUAGAUGCUAGAGAUGAAAAAAUUAUAUCUAUUCAUGGAUCACAUAUAUGGUCCAAUAAACAAAUGGAACGAUAA